CCAAAGCGUCGGAGACUGGGUACAGUCGUCCAGGCGUGAUGGGGGCGCGGGGAACCAGCGACCCCUCUGGGAGGGGAAGGGAUUACGGGCAGAAUCUCAUCUCUCAAAGGUGCAAAAAUCCAAUCAAGAAAGGGUUUUCGGGUAUACUACGGAGGAUUAAAACUUUCAAGACAAAUGCAGUCUUUGCCUAACAGCAAUGGUGCCGCCGCCGGACGGGACUUUAAGAUGAAGUUAUGGGAUGUCGUGGCUGUCUGCCUGGUGCUGCUCCACACCGCGUCCGCCUUCCCGCUGCCCGCCGGUAAGAGGCCUCCCGAGGCGCCCGCCGAAGACCGCUCCCUCGGCCGCCGCCGCGCGCCCUUCGCGCUGAGCAGUGACUCAAAUAUGCCAGAGGAUUAUCCUGAUCAGUUUGAUGAUGUCAUGGAUUUUAUUCAAGCCACCAUUAAAAGACUGAAAAGGUCACCAGAUAAACAAAUGGCAGUGCUUCCUAGAAGAGAGCGGAAUCGGCAGGCUGCAGCUGCCAACCCAGAGAAUUCCAAAGGAAAAGGUCGGAGAGGCCAGAGGGGCAAAAACCGGGGUUGUGUCUUAACUGCAAUACAUUUAAAUGUCACUGACUUGGGUUUGGGCUACGAAACCAAGGAGGAACUGAUUUUUAGGUACUGCAGCGGCUCUUGCGAUGCAGCUGAGACAACAUAUGACAAAAUAUUAAAAAACUUAUCCAGAAAUAGAAGGCUGGUGAGUGACAAAGUAGGGCAGGCAUGUUGCAGACCCACCGCCUUUGAUGAUGACCUGUCGUUUUUAGAUGAUAACCUGGUUUACCAUAUUCUAAGAAAGCAUUCCGCUAAAAGGUGUGGAUGUAUCUGACUCCGGCUCCAGAGACUGCUGUGUAUUGCAUUCCUGCUACAGUGCAAAGAAAGGGACCAAGGUUCCCAGGAAAUGUUUGCCCAGAAUGGAAGAUGAGGACCAAGGAAGCGGAGGAGGAGGAGGAAGAAGAAGAGGAGGAGGAGGAAGGCAGCCAUCUUGGGAGCCUGGUAGAGGGAGAUCGAGCUACAGACAACUGGACAGGAGAGAGAGAAAACAGCCCUCUGGAUUCUCCAGGAUGGCAGCCGAUGUCACUAGAAGCUCAGAGCUGAUGUUCCUGGUUGGCUGUUGCCACCGUUUCAGCUGAUACGGUCCACUGUCACUGAUCACCGGCGCGGCUGCGGAUGCACUUGAACCAAACCAGUGUAUCUCCUGUGAUUUGUUUUCAUGUGUCUGAAGACACCAGGGAAACAGGGAUCCUGGUGUUGUUCCUUGUCAUUACGUUUUACUGCUGAAAGUAAGAGGUUUAUUUUUCUGUCACUCAGUGGAGACAUACCCUGGAAAGGAGAGGGAAAAAAAAAAAAAGCAAAGAUACAAGAGAUAAUCACCUUUGCAUUUGAAAGUCGAGGCCCGAGGUUUACUACAACCAGCAUUUUUGCCAACAGUUGGUGAUGGAUUUCCAUCAUCGUGUGUGGGGUGGGAAGAAGUUGGCUAGGAACCAAAAAGGCUAUGCUCAUGAUUAAACACAAACCUGAAGGUAUUUCCUUUAUGUCCUUGGAAACAGGAAACGAGUUAUGGUUUUCGCCAGCAUUCUUGUAGGAGAGAAUUGGGGAAGGCCCCCAACUGCCCCCGGGCAGGGAGAGCACCUCGGGCCUGUUGGUUUACAGAGAGACAGAUGUUACAUACCCAGCUCCAUUGAUGCGUGGUCACCAGUGACCAGAGAAGCUACUCGAUGCAAUGCAUCUGUUUCAGAUACAGAAAUAUAGAGAAGAUAUUUAUUGAGAUUUAAGUUAUUGUUAUUUAUUACCGUUCACUAAUGAGUUUCUCUUUUUUCCCUUAUUUAUUAAAGUUUCUUUUCAAAGGUGCCAAAGUAUAUGUGCUCGCAAAAUGUAAAGAAAGGUGACAAAAGGAAAUUCGAAUUGGGAACAAGGGUCCAUGCUUUUCAAAGUAUUAAAAAGUUUUUUGCUAGGCAAAAAUCACUUACUUUACCUGUUUAAGAAAAUAUCUCAUUAAUUUUCCCCAGAUUUCAGCAUUUUCCCCAAUUUUUAUUUGUGGAGCGUCUCAGGCAAGCCCCCUUUCCUGGAGCAGCGUGCAGAGACCACCGGCGCUUGAUUUUAUUUCUUCCUUGCUCCAUCGCUGAACAGAAAUGUUGUGGGCUCCACUUCCUGUUGUAUUUAAGCUCUUAGUCCCCUCCAUGUAUACCUAGCUAUACUAUGCAUAACCAUAUAUAGAAAAGGUUCAGUUCCUUUUAACAGGUAGUCCUGGAUUUAAUGUUGACCUAAAAGUAAUGUCAACAAUGCUGUCAGGUAGCUACCAUUUUACAGACUGCCUCCAUCCCUGCUCACCCACAGCCCUCCCGAGAAUAUGCCGGCUGCCCUGUGCAGCAUGGGAGACACAGGGGCCUUCCAGAGGUAGGGUCUACCAGGUCCUGUACAACUCCUGGGCUGUCACCGAGGGGUCAACAGCUGCUGCUGCUAUAUACCUAAACACCUGACAGUUCCCUGGGGAACAGAUGGCUGAGAAGGGUGCUGAGGAAGCCACGUCUGGGCCAGCCACAGCCACACACAGAGCCUCAUACUUAAGAGUGUGCUGCCUUUAAAUGAAGGCGAUCAGGGCCAGUGCAGCGGCUCACACCCAUAAUCCCAACACUUUGGAAAGCCAAGGUGGGAGGAUCUCUUGAACCCAGGAGUUUGAAACCAGCUUGGGCAACAUAGGGAGACCCUGUCUCUACGGAAACUUUAAAAAUUAGCCAGGCGUGAUGGUGCACGCCUGUGGUCCCAGCUACUCAGGGGGCUGAGGAAGGAGGAUCACUUGAGUCCAGUAGGUCGAGGCUGCAGUGAGUUGUGAUCAUGCCACUGCACUCCAGCCUAAGUGACAGUGCAGUACCCGGUCUCAAAAAAAAAAAAAAAAAAAAAAAAACAGAAAGAGGUUGGAAUGGGAGGAAGCAUCAGGUGGGAACAGCCACCCCCUCCAUGCCCUAGAUUGUGAAUUUGUCAGGCAGCCAACACACGUAUGACACACUAGGCCUUAUAUUAGAGCUUGUUGCACAUUUCAUAAAAGGGAUUUUCAUCAAGGAGAUAAUCUGUUACUACCUUAAUGGCUAUUAGUCAUAAAACUAUGACAGAUUUAGCAAUUAAAUGAAAUACUGGCCUCCAUCAAAUAAUCAUGUCAGUUUUACAAAGUAACAAGAAGCAGCAGUUACCAGAUAUCCCAUCCCCUUCCCUGAAAAUACCCAAAUUCUUCACGGUUCUGCCCUUCUCUGUCUUUUCUGCUCCCCUUGCCUGCCUGGGAAAUGGAGGAAAGGCCUUCUCUCUCACCUUCUCUUGGGAUCUUGCUGAGAAUUCAGACUGCUCAAAACAGUGACAAACUCCAGCCAUCCAGUCAUUCAUGGAGUGCAAUUUGGAUGUGGCCCCAGGGGCAUCUGUCCUAUUCAGAGAACCCUGGCAGGUGCGAUAGCCACUGUUCCCAGGCUUCAACCUCAGUGACUGCCCCACACCCACACCAGCUCCCCAUGGAGAGUCCCUGCCCAAAAAAAGCUGUAGUAUCCAAUGGGUGUUGACAGCUCGUUCCUGGCAUCACCUACACACCACAAGCAGGUUUUAAUGGAAGCAAAUUGCUCUACCAAAUCCACAAAAGGGUAAAGUUUGUGAUUUUUCUUUAUCAUUGCGAUCGCCAUCUGAUACAGUAAGGAGUGCACUUGUUUGAAAGUUCUGACUUCUCUGAUCUGUCUCGGUCGUUUGUGUUAUACAACCAAAGUUCUCUACAGACUUUAUUUUUGUACAAUAUCAUUUUGUAACUUUUUACAAAUAAAAACUCAUUUCUAU